CACUUGCGUUCCUGGGGGCCCUUGGUGUGUGGGGGGGAACUGCACCCCUCCGUCAAGUGAAGGGGCAUCUGGAGGUGCUUCUGCCCCGACAGCCCCCCAUAUAGGCGCGCCGGCACCUCUGAGCUCCUAAGGGCCCUAGAGGAGCCCCUCAACGCAUCCGCAACCUUCCAUGACCGCUUCCAUCACGAUGCGGAUCGCCACCUGCCUGAGACAAGAGGCUUGAAGCGCCCGGCGUAAGCACCCGAAGCAAGCUCAGGGAGCUCAAUGACAGCCCCGCCCCUCACCCUCCUCGGCCCGCCCCUUCCGCCCCCUGGGGCGGGGCUAAGCGCGGCUUCCCCCGGAAGUCCGGAACUGAGCCGAAAAUUAAGCCCAGCUGGGCGCUGCUCCUCCCUCCUACGGCGCGCAACUGCGUCCUGGCCUCCUGCUCCCCAACUUGGAUGUUCACUCCCAACUCUUACGAGGUCCUGAGUCCCACCCCAUUUCCCCAGCCCAAUUUCAGCUGCAAAUUACUGCAGAACCUGAAGCCAGGAAAGGAACCUUACUGCAGAACCUGAAGCCAGGAAAGGAACCUAUUUCCCGCUCCGGUCUGCCCCUCUCCGGACCCGGCGAGGCCCAGGUGAGGUUCUCGCCCGCUUUCCAGCCUCACCUUCCACACUCCCCUGCCCGUCCCCCGGGGUUCCUCCGCCGCCCGACCAUGGCCCAGAAGCCGAAGGUAGACCCCCACGUCGGCCGGCUGGGAUACCUGCAGGCGCUGGUCACGGAAUUCCAGGCGACCGAGAGCCAAGACGCCAAGGAGCAAGUACUGGCCAACCUCGCCAACUUCGCCUAUGACCCCAGUAACUACCAGUAUCUGCGGCAGCUGCAGGUCCUGGAUUUAUUCCUCGAUUCACUGUCGGAGGAGAAUGAGACCCUGGUGGAGUUUGCUAUUGGAGGCCUCUGCAACCUGUGCUCAGACAGGGCCAACAAGGAGCACAUCCUGCAGACUGGGGGCGUCCCACUCAUCAUCAACUGCCUGUCCAGUCCCAACGAGGAGACCGUGCUGUCUGCCGUCACCACGAUCAUGUACCUGAGCUCGCCGGGCUCCAGCUCCCACCCUGAGCUGACUGCCAUCCCCGUGAUCCAGUGCAUGCUGCGCUUCUCCCUCUCAGCCAACGCGAGGCUCCGGAACCUGGCCCAGAUCUUCCUGGAAGACUUCUGUUCCCCCAGCCAGGUGGCCGAAGCCCGCAGCUGGGGGGCUCACUCUGCUCUGGGGAUCCCACUGCCAAGGACUGAGGCCCCGCAGCAGCCCUGAUCCAAGGAGCCCUCAGGCCGCAGCACUGGCACUGCCAGAGACAAGACCAAAAUCCCGGCGGGGACUCAGGAAGUGGGAGCAGCGAAGCUCCCACUGUGCACAUUCUCCCCAAAUGGUGCUUUGUCAGCCACUUUAAAGGCGAGUUUUCUGUGUGACAGAUGUUUACACCGUGAUGAAAGGCACCAGGAGAUGAGUGAGGAAGCCAGACUUUGAGACACGUGGAGAAGGAAAUCGAAGGGUGCCGUUUUGACACGCUGCCGCUCUCAACCAGCUAGAGGCGAAGGUCCUGCCUCCUGGCCUACCCCGCCACCAAGCUGUCACCCUCGUGUGAGAAGCAACAGGUCCCUAGACCCAGAGGCUCUACAGAUGGUGUUUCUCCUGAGGAACAGCUGGGCCUGGGGCUUAGGAGAAUUGCCUGAGCUUGAGGAAAUAGGCAUCAUCCCUUAACAGAAGUGUCGGGAGUAAUUCUGAGAAAUAGAAAUGAGAAGCCUUGUUGUUAAAAGUAUUUCGGGGCCCUGGGAAGCUGGGGAAGUGUUGUGUCCACUGCUGUGGAGGCUGGGUACCUGUCCUGCAAGCUCUCCAGGCUGGGUGUUGGGCAUGGUGGAUGCUGGCCUGGAGAACUCUGUGGCCCAGGAUUAACUGUUUAUCCACACAGGCCUAUCAGCCAGGCACCAUGUUAGGGCUUCAAAGAUGAAGACGUGGUCCCUGAUCUUGAGUGUCGCAGGCCAGUGACUGUUAACAUGGCCAUCAGGCAUUAAGACGGAGGCCAUGAGGGUAAUGACACAUUAGAAUACAGGCACAAACUCUUCGAGCUGUUGUCUUUUCCCUUCACCACCCCAUGGUACCUGCCUGGAAGCCCUGGCCUGCCUUCUCUGCCAUCAGGGUUAGUGAGCGGGGGCAGUCCCUGUCCCUGGAAAUCUGUCUCUGGCUGGCUUCAGGGAUACAAGAGAGGUGCUCAAGGGAGAUGGGACCAGAUACUGACAGCAAGCGCAUGGCUCAGAGUCUAGUGUCGGCUGCUCAGCACAGGGGAAGGGGUGUGGGCCCCCCUUGGAAAGGUGGGGUUCAGGAGCAGUGGAAGGUCCUGGCCUCCCUUAAGGAUGACCUCUUUUUUUUUUCUUUUUUAAAAUUUUAUUUAUUUUUGGCCGCGUUGGGUCUUUGUUGCUGCGCAUGGGCUUUCUCUGGUUGCAGUGAGCGGGGGCUACUCUUCAUUGGGGUGCACAGGCUUCUCAUUGCAGUGGCUUCUCUUGUUGCAGAGCACAGGCUCUAGGGCGCGCAGGCUUCAGUAGUUGUGGCACGUGGGCUCAGUAGUUGUGGCUUGCGGGCUCCGUAGUUGUGGUUCGCGGGCUCUAGAGCACAGGCUCAGUAGUUGUGGCGUGUGAGCUCAGUAGUUGUGGCUCGCGGGCUCUAGAGCACAGGCUCAGUAGUUGUGGCGCAGUUGCUCCGUGGCAUGUGGGAUCUUCCCGGACCAGGGAUCAAGCCCGUGUCCCCUGCACUGGCAGGCAGAUUCUUAACCACUGUGCCACCAGGGAAGCCCAAGGAUGGCCUCUUACAUGGCCAAGGAAAGGCAGAUUCGAGAGGAAUGGUUUCCAGGUGGAUGUAGAGGUGGGCAGACCAUGGAACUAAUGGACUAAGGAGACGAGAGGGAGGGAGGCGAAGGCCUCCUCGUUGGCGCCUGUCCCUUCGCUUCCCCCAAAUAAAAGGCCUUAAGAGAGCAGUGAGCCAAAGUGUUUUAUUAAAAAGGUUCCUGAUUUUCCCACCAUGUUUCCAGGCCAGCUCUGCCAGGAGGGUUCAGGUGGCUGGCACAGUGCUGAGGGGUCAUUGCAAUGCUGCUGCCCUGUCGCUCAGUUCUGCCCGGGUUCCCUGCUGGUCUGCCUUCCCUUCCUUCAGCUACUGUCCACGGCCAUGGCCCCUCGCCUUAUUGCUGGGGCAGCCCCAGGCCGGUUCGGUCCCGCUGCAGGGCUCCCCGCUUGCUGUCUAUAAUCUCCUUCCAGUUGUCCCUCCAGGAGAGCAGCCGUCUCCGUGGGGGGGGCAGGGGCAGGUGCUGGUUGUGGCAGCAGGUGAACAAGAUGUGCUCCCAGCUUGGGGUCUCCUCUUGGCCUGGGACGGGACACGGGAGGAAGGCAGGGAAUCACUCUGUAAUCUGGUUAUUUUUACUCCCUCUCCCUAAUCCCAGCAGGCUAGAUGCCUGGAGGUUGCUAGGGAAAAGGGCUCCCACCUUGAAUGGUGUCCUUGUCAUCAAUGAGCAGGUCCCCCAAGACCACCGUCUUGUCCCUCGUCAAGAUAAUGCGCUCCACAAACUGGGGCCCCAGGUGCUUCUCCACCCAGCGGUACUGUGAGGUGGGCAUAGGUGGGUCAGUAGGGCCUGAUGGGCCCUUGAAUUCAGGGCCAGUGAGCAAGUAGGUGUGAGGGAGGGUCUACAGCAGCUCAUGAGAGAUAUGGCUCCCCUCUACCCCCCCCCCCCACCGCCCGACUGUCUCUGUUUCUGCCACUUUCUUUAAAAGAUCAGGACUUAGGAGCCUAAGUCUGCGGGUGAAGUGCUGGGGCAGCCGCACCUUCUCAGGCACACAGUGGUCAUACUUCUUCAGAGGGCUGGUGCAGAUGAAGACCUCGGUGCUGCCGGGAGGCGGGGGGGGGGGGUGGUGGGGGUGGGGCGCGGUUAGACAGGGUGGUGCCAGCCCCUGCUCCUCACCCCCCGCCCUCCCCGCCCUUCCUCACUCCUGCAUGUCAUUCAUCUCCCGCAUUGCUUCCAAGGCUCCAGGGAUGGGCUCCAAGUCUAGGAAAAAGCCUGGGGCUUCAUACACACUGGCCACUUUGUCCUGAAAGAUACAGUGUUCCUGUCCUGGCUCUGAUCCCAGCAGACCUCUCCAGCCCCAGCGAGGACUCUCAAAGUGAAGUUCCUGGGGGACUUCGGUCCCCAAAUCAGAGUCUCAGGUAGAGGACUUUGUUCAGGGGUAAGUACUCCCCCAGGCUGUCUAGUCCCGAGGUGAACUGUGGAUUCUGAAGUGAGAGCUUUGUUAAUUUUAAACAGGAAGGUGUCACUGGACAUGGAGCAGAGACAGUCCUGACCCAAGGGGAGAUCUCCCCGCUCCCAGGUGUCCUGUGGGGUCGGGGCUCCCCGCUCCAGGGCGGCCCCGCACCGCCCCCCGCCCCAACACACACUCCCUACCGCCAGGUCCGGGCGCAGGGCUCGGUACUGCUCGCAGGCGAGGAAGCCGCGGCGCUCCUGCAGCGGCACGUGCGGCUCCCCGGGGAAGCUUCGGCGGAAGCCCCGCAGGAGGCCGGCUUCGAAAUCGGCCAGAACGCCGUCCAUGUCCACCAGCACCCGCACUGGCCGCCCGCGCCGCGCAGCCAUCCGCAUCGCCAUCGCUGCGAGGCAGGGGGCCCGGCGGCGGAAACGUGGCCCCGGGAGACGCCGCGCGGAGCUGGGCGAGGGGACUGCAGCUUCCGGAGCCGUGGGGUGGGCGGGCCCGACCGCGGCUGCUUUGCAUGGGCGCCGGGGUGCCCCGCCCCGCGGAACUGCGAGGCCUUCCCCCGUUUCGGGGGGGCCGGCGUGGCGAUGGCUUGGGCUGCUUUUCUGGUCUGAGGAGGCACCUACGUGCACAUUAGCAGCCUUCCACGCUGUAGCAGACGUCCUCGCUCACCCCGAAUGUUACUCGGGGCAGAACUUCCAGGGGCCCGACAGGAGGGACUAUCCUAAAUGCUGGGAAGCGUCGUCUAACAAGGAGUCAAGCCUCCCUAAACCUGAGACUCCAUACCUGCUCACCCUGCUGUGGGGACCCGGAGCAGCGCUUCCGCCCCGUCAAGGCAGCACCAACCCAAGGCCCGAAUCACGGGGACUCCCAGGAACCGUCUGAAGUGAAUGAAUCUGCUGAAGACAACUGGUUCGUGUGAGCAGAGCUCCUCAAAGACGAAUUCAUAAACCAGAGUUGGCUUGAAACAUGGGAGCAUCUGCUUUAAACAUCCAGUUCCACCUGGAAGAGGCGAUUUUUCCACCAGGCUCAGGUAAUCGGGGCUAUCCUUUUUGUGGAACUGACAAGUCUCUACAAUCGGCAGUUCCAUCCUCCUCUAGAAAAUGCUUAGCAUUGCUAAGUUUUGUUGACUCUCCUUUUUGUAGAUUUCACGCAAUUUCCUGACUACAUGUAAAUAUAUUUACCUACAAACUAGAUUCAGAUUUGAGUGAGUGACCCAUCUUCCUGUAGUUCCCCACCUCAGCACCCCAAUACGUCUAAACCCAAUGGAACAGAAACACUAGGAAGGGGAGCCUGGCGAUCUAAUUUUAAAAUGCUAAAGAGGUAGAACGGACAUCAGCAAUAAACACCAAGCCACUUAAAACACAUAACUGUGUAAAAAGUCCACACUGUCAACAAAAUGCUGAUUCUUCUGCCAUCAUCAUCAUUUUAAGAUCAUUCAACUUCAUCUUCUAAACCCUAAGCUUUCUAAGUGGAAAAUUCAACACUCUUAGCAAACAUGUUUACAUAGAAUUUUCUAAAAUCUGUAAUAGUACCAAAAUGACUGGCAGAACACCUUUAGGCUAGGCACUUACCUUCACAGAAUAAACAACUAAAGCCAAGUUACAAGUUGUGACACAAAUCAGGGACCUCUCUUGCCCAGGAGCUCCACCAUUACUGAGAGAGAAGGGUGCAGGUUCCCUAUCUCUGGUCAUGACAAACCGUAACUCAGGUGAUUGGUAGGGCUCACCUGUUCUGGUGAACCUGGAAAGACUGCGUAGCACAGCUGUCGAUUCUCCAUUUUGCAAAUACUUUACACAGUAAGGGAGAAACACUUAACACCUCCACAACCUAUGGUCACCCUUAUUCUUCCCAAAGAGAUGCCCAGUAAGUCAGAAUAGCUGGUGGUUACACACUAGGUUUGAGUCAUUUCAGUCAUGGGAAGGUUUUUAGAGGUGACCUCAUUGAAAAGUCUUACUUUUAAGUUAGGAAACUGAGCUCCCAAAUGACAAGCCCAAGGAACAUAGCUGGUCGGUAGCACAGCUAGACCUAAAAAGCCGAUUUACAGUGCCCAAGUUGGACAUUUAAUAUAGCAUGUUGAUCUGGAACUUUCUGCCUAGAACCCAGUGAUCUUUCUCCCAUCUUCUGUCUCCUGUAUCACUUGAGAGGACUCAGAUGACCCUGUCCCCUUCUAUCUACGUGGACCCUUCCUUUCUUUGGAGCCUUCUUCUCUGACCACCCACCAUUGAGAAGCACCCUACAGGCAUGAGAGGACUUGAAAUUUUGAAUGUUAUCACCCAGCACAGGAGGGUAUGUGGUAGAAGAGUGUAAAGUGUAUUGGCUAAUAGUUAUUUUGGAUACCAAUUAUCCAUAUUAUUCCUGUAUUUUAUUACCAGAUAGCCAUUAAUUUUCAUUUUGGCAUCUGAACUCAUGCUCUCUGACUUUAAACCUGCUUUUAGAGAGAAGCCCACUUCUCUCUGGGCCUUCGUUAGUGUGUUUUAACUUCAAUGGCUCACCAAAUCAUUGGGCAACAAGGUUGAUAGUAACAACUAAGCAGGUGGAACUCCUGAAACAAUCUCAAAAAGAUGACACAGGACACAGUGUUUCAAAAUUUGUACAUUGUUUACUUUAAGCAACAGUCCAGGAUUGUGAAGUACAACACACAUUUUAAGGAUGAGACUUUCUUUCAUGGUCAAGCACCAGCAUCAUGCACACAGCUUCAAGUUAUCUAAGAAGAGCACUGCCCCCGGGGCGGGGGGUGGUGGUGGAUCCCUUCACCAGGAAGUCCCACUUCCAUGUGGUCCCCACCCCUGCUUCACCACCUGGAAUUCGUCAGUCUGAGUGUACAGCGAAGCCUUCCUCUGCAUGGGAGCAGCAGGCUUUGCUCAGCCAGUCAAGUUAGUAUCUGGCUUAAAUAUUUCUUAAGGUUCAGAAAUAAAAGGCAGUUGUUUUUUUUGUUUGUUUUUUUUUUGCUUUGCAGGCAGCAAGGCAUGGGGCGCAGGCCUCUGUCGCUCCAUAUGGCACAGGAAGAUGCUUUUUGCAACGGGCACUGACAAGUUAGGGCAACACCAGGUAGGUUCAGCAUCAAGACAACCUUGUUUGGGGCCUGAAGGGACAGCGCCUGUGGACUGUUUACUGGUCUGUCCGAUCCAGGCUUGGUAAACCCUAGUAAAGCUGACAAGAAAAGGGUUUUAAAAACCUCAGUACAAAAGAUCCUCUAACACAUUUGAAACCAAUUUAUCUGUUCUUAAAAACACGGUACUAAGUGUCA